AUGGGCCCAAGGGUGGAUAGCGGCUCAGACCUGCGCAUAGACCUCUGCACAACGGACGAGGAAGACUGCUCACGCGGCUGCUCCAAAGCAGAGGACCUUCCGCGGGAGCGGCGGGAAUCUGGCAAUGGCGAGCGCCCAAGGGCACCAGACACGGCCAGCGUCCGGGGUUGGCACGAGGGAUGUCUCGCGCUGGGCACCACGGCGGUGCACAGAGACUUUGGGAGGCAAGCCGCCGCGAUGGACUUCGCGGACGCCUGCAAUUCAGCGAAGGCUGACGAGCUGAUGGAGACCGCCCGCCUGUGGCGUCCUGAGCGCCAACUGGUGCGACGAUGGCUGGGACCGCAAACAGCGACGAGCGGCGGAGAAAGGCUGCCUGGAGCGCCGUCCGCCAGCGGUUCUUCGGAGACCAUGGCCGAGGAGGGAUCAGGUGGCGCGGGCGCGUCGAAGAGGGCCCGCUCGACUGAUGAUGCGGGGGCUGGUGUCAAGAGGCGGAGGACGAGCGCGGAGGAAUGGAGGGAGGCCCUGGCGCGGUGCAACGAGGAGCUUCGCAAGGGCGCGUUCGCGGCACCUGGCCGGCGCGGAAACAUCCGAAACGGACGUGCCGGCGGAUCUGACCCCGGGGUCGGCAAUCUUGGAGCGCGAUCCACGACUCAUGGCCGAUCAUCUGGAUGUCUUCUGGGCAGUGUAGGCGAAGUGCCGUCCGAACUGGGUGGCGCGGGAAAUCCGGAAAAUGGGAAUGGGAAUGCGGGGAGACGGGCGGGGGCGCCUGUUGGACGGUUUGGAGGCCACCGCCCUUGCUGUUCCGAGGCAGGAGGUGCCGAUUGUGCCGUUGUGGUGACAAGGGGCGCAGGGACAUGUUCGGAUGCCGGGGCGGGUGCUGUUCGCGAGGAGGGUGCAGACCGCGCGGGCGCCGGCGACGAUGCCUGCGAGUUCCGGAAUGAGGCAGUGAGGCUGUUCGGCGAGGAGGUGGAGUAUGAGAACGGCAGCGGGCGGAGUUUCAUUGGGGCCACGUACAUGGGGAUGUGGAAGCGCUACAGGGGCACGUCCAUGCACCAGAGGCACUUCUACGAGAUCGUGCGCGACCGGCGGCCCUGCCAUCUGUAUUUCGACGUGGACCUGCAGAAGGGGAAAAUGAAAGAGGAGGAAGGGGACGCCAUGGUCGACAGGCUGCUGUCGUAUGUCGAUGCGGAGCUGAGGGACACCUGGGACCUCCACCUACGAGACGCCCUUGUCUUGGAGCUGGACUCAACAACCAGCAUCAAAUUCUCACGGCACCUGAUUGUUCGUUUGGCUGGUGCUGCUUUCGAGGACAAUCAAGCUGCAGGGGCAUUUGUUAAGAGGGUAGUGAACAAAUACAGGGAUGAGGAUCCAGCUUUGUUCGCAGCUGUGGACGUGUCGGUGUACUCAAGGAAUCGUCAAUUCCGUAUGCUGUGGUCUAGCAAAGCUGAGAACCAGGUUGCAUUGAUGCCAACCUGUCGAUUUUCGUUGUCGCAGUCGUUCCCAAAUCAUGAACGACUAUUUCUCUUGUGCUUGGUUUGCAAUGUUGAUCCAAAUGCAAGACUGCUGAAGCUGAAGGGUGCAACUGCAGUCCAGAUGGUAUCUCGACACUGCAGUGGAGGCCCUCAAGACAUAUCAGAACUGGCAACCUUCCAAUGCCAACAGGACACAACGGACACAAGCAGAAAUGGUGACAACACUCGCAAUAUCAUGAUCUCCUGGAAAAGGGAACACUACGGAAGUGGUGGACCACCAGACAGCCUCAGGGGACAAGCCCUGAAGGCUGUCCCUUUCAUCGAAAGACUGGGGCGUUCUAGAUCUUGUGGCUUGAGUGUUGAGGUCCGCAAACUGAGAUUUCAAGGCGGCGAGAUGGUGGCAUUCAACUGCCUGGGACCAGGAAGCCAUGCUUGUGCAUUGAAGGGAGGACUUCAUCGCAGCAACCAUAUAUAUUUUGUUGUUGAUUUUGAGACAAACAUGCUUUGUCAGAAAUGUUUUGAUCCCGAAUGUAGCGUGCUGUACCCAGAAUGGACACCAUUCUGUUUGUGA